AUGGCUGAAGAAGAUGUAUGUUUCUAUUCCCAAAGCAUUUAAGUCUGGUCGUCUAGUUUCGCGUUAUCGCCCUGUGUGAAAAAAAAAAGAGAGGGAGAAGGGGAGAAGGGGAGGGGGGCAAUAUUUUUUUGAACGGAAAGACAAGUGGAACAGCAGUUCUAGUCAAGUGUGAAAGUCUCUUUUGGCAUUUUCAGCAACGAGAAGGCAAAUUGAUCAAUAAGUUUUUUUUCAUUUUGAAAGAGUAAAAAAAACUUGUCUUGAUGACGUUGUCUCAUUCCAACUCAAGGUCAAAGCUAUGUCUUUGUCUCCCGAGGGAGAGGAAGGGGAGAGGAAGGCGUGAGGAGGAACAUCAUUUGGUUCUGCUCAUCUGAUCCCCCCCUAAAUAUUGUUACUCCUCGUCGAUGGAUUCCCUUUUUUGUUUUUCCUUCUUUUUUUCUCACCAACAAGCAGAUGAGCGGGAGGGACUUGUGGAAAUGGCUUUUCCCGAUUUGAUACUAACAGGUUUUUUUCCCAUGUUUUGUAGCACACUUUCGAGACCGCCGAUGCCGGUGCCGCUUUGACUUUCCCAAUGCAAUGUUCCGCAUUGAGAAAGAAUGGCCAUGUGGUCAUCAAGGGCAGACCAUGCAAGAUUGUCGACAUGUCCACCUCCAAGACCGGUAAGCACGGACACGCCAAGGUCCACUUGGUGGCCAUUGAUAUCUUUACCGGCAAGAAGUUGGAGGAUUUGUCGCCAUCCACCCACAAUAUGGAGGUCCCCAACGUCAGAAGACAAGAAUACCAAUUGUUGGACAUUGACGACGGCUUCUUGAGCUUGAUGACCCCCGAGGGCGACACCAAGGAUGACGUCAAGGUUCCAGAAGGCGAGUUGGGCGAGAAGAUCCAAUCCGAAUUUGACGAAGGGAAGGAUUUGAUCGUUUCUAUUAUUUCUGCUAUGGGCGAAGAAGCUGCUAUCUCAUUCAAAGAUGCUCCAAAACAAUAA